UCGUUCGAAGAAUAGCGAAGAUGGCGCCUGGGAUUGGAGGCUUUGGCGGUUUUUUCCCUUCAGAUGAUGGUUCGUACCUUGUUGCCAGUAUGGAUGGUGUUGGAACGAAGCUGAUGCUUGCACUCGAAACUGGCAUUCUUGACACAAUUGGGAUUGAUUUGGUUGCAAUGAGUGUCAAUGAUGUUGUCACUUCGGGGACAAAGCCUUUGGGUUUCCUUGAUUACUAUGCCACUGGCCACCUUGAUGUGGAUGUUGCUGAGAAGGUAAUGGAUGUGCAUCUGGUGUUAUGGUUUGAGCUCUGGUUUGGACAAAGGUUUGACACAGGCAGGCAAGGAAGGAGCCCUGACAUUUAACUCUCCUCGCAACAUGCACCUUUCACGG